CACAGAGAAGUUAGAAACGCGCGUACAUAGCGAUUUGGUGACUCCAACUUACCAUAUGUUUCUUCAGUUUCAAAACCAAGUCACUCUUUUUCUUCUUCUUCUUCUUCAAUGAGGCCUAACAUCGUUUCCGAGGCAGGACUGCAGACUAGGUUGGGGCAAUGGUGGGAGGGCAUUCCGUUCCUUACUUCUGCGGUGGUGGGUGUCUGCGCAACUAUUUACGUUGUUUGCCUCUUGGCUGGAUACGACUCCUUUUAUGAAGUAUGCUUUUUGCCAUCUGCAGUUAUCUCAAAGUUCCAAGUCUACAGGAUUUUCACCGCCAUUCUAUUUCAUGGUUCACUGCUUCAUGUGUUGUUCAACAUGAUGGCAUUGGUUCCUUUGGGUUCUGAGUUGGAGAGAAUUAUGGGAUCUGUUCGCUUGUUGUACAUAAUCAUUCUGUUGGCUACAACCAAUGCGCUGCUCCAUCUUCUGAUAGCACUUUUAGUGGCUUAUAAUCCCAUUCACCCUUUUGAGUAUUUGAUGCAUGAGUGUGCAAUAGGCUUCUCAGGAAUCUUGUUUUCUAUGAUUGUAAUAGAGACAAGUCUGAGUGGACAGCAAUACAGAAGUGUGUUUGGACUCUUUAAUGUGCCUGCUAAAUGGUAUGCAUGGAUCUUGCUGGUAGUGUUCCAACUUGUAAUGUCUAAUGUUUCAUUACUGGGACACCUGUGUGGUAUUCUGUCUGGCUUCGCUUAUAGUUACGGCUUGUUCAAUUUCCUCAUUCCGGGACCAUCAUUCUAUUCCAAAAUUGAGGCCUCCUCGUUGCUUUCAACGUGUGUGAGGCGGCCAAAAUUUAUUUUGUGCACUGGUGGAAAUCCCUCUGCCUCUAUCCCUACGUAUACAAGCCAAGGUACCGCAUCUAGUGGAUUAUUUUCGGGAAAUUUGUGGAGAAACUUGUCUUCAUGGAUCCCACAAAGGGAAGCAUCUCCACAGGCAACACAAGACAGUCACGUGUUUCCUGGGAGGGGUAGGACACUGGGGUCUGGUGCAGGACCGCGGUUAUCUGAUGCAAGGCGAACGAUAAAUAAUACGGUGGCAGCUGGAGCUGAGAUUCCUGUUCACCAUCAGGACUAUGUGGCUUCUGAAGACGAAAUACAAAAGCUUGUAUCGAUGGGUUUUGAAAGGACACAGGUUGAAGUUGCACUUGCAGCUGCAGAUGGUGAUAUUAAUGUGGCAGUCGAAAUUCUGAGCCAACAGGGUUAAAAUGCAAGCAAAGUGACUAACUUUCGACUUCCCAAAGACCUGAACCUCAAUUGACUCGUUUGACUUGCCCAGUUCCAGUAUCACCUCUAUGUGAAGUUCCAAACCUUGUAGUUGUAUGCUGUAUAUUGUUUGAGAGCAGCUAGGGUUACUGGCUGGGGGAGAAGGGUUUCUGAAUGGGAGAAUUUACACUAACAUUUGGUAAAAGAAAAGGUACAGAAAUUGUCUAUGAAACAUGUUCCAAAAAAGAAUAAAAAGAUUGGUUUCAGACUUACCGUUGUUGGAUUACUGUAAUUAUAUUCGUCUCCAGCUUAAAUUGAUCAGACAUUAUUAAAGGUUCUUUGUAGUUGAUACUGUAUAUGCUUGUGCUGCUAUAAACUGCCCGAAAUAUGGAUGCUAGUGAUGAACAAUGUCU